ACACAGACACACCCACAGGGCUGAUGGCAGCAGAACGUGAAGGCAGAGAUCGCGGCAGUAGAUCUGCAAGCCAAGGGGCACUGAAGAUUGCCCACAGCCACCUGAAACUGGGAAAGCACCCAGAGCAGAUUCUGCCUCCCAGCCUCCAAAGGAACCAGCCUGCUGUCGCAUCAGUCGUGGACUACUGAACUGCAGAUCUGAGAGACAGUAAACUCUGUUGUUCAAGCUGCCUCCUAUGUGGUUCUGUCACCACAACCCUGGUAAAUGGAUACCAGGCCCAUGGAGAAACAGUGACUUACAGAACCCAGGGAGACAUGAACGCCCUGACACAUGCAGGUUAAAGUUUCCACUGAGCCAGGAAGUUAGGUGUAGGGCUGAGGCUUCCUGAAGUAGAAAGAAGAAAAGUAGCUGAGACGCCAGACCAGUUUUUGAAGAAUGAGGUGUUUGUUGUAUGAAGAACAUUGCUCCAAGGUAUGGCCUCACAUGUGCAAGUUUUCUCCCCUCACACCCUUCAGUCAAGUGCCUUCUGUAGUGUGAAGAAACUGAAAGUCGAGCCGAGUUCCAACUGGGACAUGACUGGGUACGGCUCCCACAGCAAAGUGUACAGCCAGAGCAAGAACAUCCCGCCUUCGCAGCCAGCCACCACAACCGUCAGCACCUCUUUGCCAAUCCCAAACCCAAGCCUACCUUACGAGCAGACCAUCAUCUUCCCAGGAAGCACCGGGCACAUAGUCGUAACAUCAGCAAGUAGCACUUCUGUCACGGGGCAAGUCCUCGGCGGACCACAUAACCUAAUGCGUCGCAGCACUGUGAGCCUCCUUGAUACCUACCAAAAAUGUGGACUCAAACGUAAGAGUGAGGAGAUUGAGAACACAAGCAGCGUACAGAUCAUUGAAGAGCAUCCACCCAUGAUUCAGAAUAAUGCCAGCGGGGCCACUGUAGCCACUGCCACUACAUCCACUGCCACCUCCAAAAACAGUGGCUCCAACAGUGAAGGUGACUAUCAGCUGGUGCAGCAUGAAGUGCUGUGCUCCAUGACCAACACUUAUGAGGUUUUGGAGUUCUUGGGCCGAGGGACGUUCGGGCAGGUGGUCAAGUGCUGGAAACGGGGCACCAAUGAAAUUGUGGCCAUCAAGAUCCUUAAGAAUCAUCCUUCGUACGCCCGGCAGGGCCAGAUAGAAGUGAGCAUCCUGGCCCGGCUGAGCACAGAGAGUGCUGAUGACUACAACUUCGUACGGGCCUAUGAGUGCUUCCAGCACAAGAACCACACGUGCUUGGUCUUUGAGAUGUUGGAGCAGAACCUCUAUGACUUUCUCAAGCAGAACAAGUUCAGCCCCUUGCCCCUCAAAUACAUUCGCCCAGUCCUCCAGCAGGUAGCCACAGCCCUGAUGAAACUCAAAAGCUUGGGUCUUAUCCACGCCGACCUCAAACCAGAGAACAUCAUGCUGGUGGAUCCAUCCAGACAACCAUACAGAGUAAAGGUCAUCGACUUCGGCUCUGCCAGUCACGUGUCCAAGGCCGUGUGUUCCACCUACUUGCAGUCCCGGUAUUACAGGGCCCCCGAGAUCAUCUUGGGUUUACCGUUUUGUGAGGCAAUUGAUAUGUGGUCCCUGGGCUGUGUCAUUGCAGAGCUGUUUCUGGGCUGGCCAUUAUAUCCAGGAGCUUCAGAGUAUGAUCAGAUCCGGUAUAUUUCACAAACACAGGGUUUGCCAGCUGAAUAUUUAUUAAGCGCAGGGACAAAGACAACCAGGUUUUUCAACCGUGACACAGACUCGCCGUAUCCUUUGUGGAGGCUGAAGACACCAGAUGACCAUGAAGCAGAGACGGGGAUUAAGUCCAAAGAAGCAAGAAAGUACAUUUUCAACUGUUUAGAUGAUAUGGCCCAGGUGAACAUGACGGCAGACUUGGAAGGGAGCGACAUGCUGGUAGAGAAGGCAGACCGGCGGGAGUUCAUCGACCUGUUGAAGAAGAUGCUGACCAUAGAUGCCGAUAAGAGAAUCACUCCGAUCGAAACCCUGAACCACCCCUUUGUCACCAUGACACACUUGCUCGAUUUUCCCCAUAGUACACAUGUCAAGUCAUGUUUCCAAAACAUGGAGAUCUGCAAGCGGCGAGUGAAUAUGUAUGACACGGUGAACCAGAGCAAAACCCCUUUCAUCACACACGUGGCCCCCAGCACAUCUACCAACCUGACCAUGACCUUUAACAACCAGCUGACCACGGUCCACAACCAGGCUCCCACCUCCACCAGUGCCACUAUUUCCUUAGCCAAUCCCGAGGUCUCCAUACUAAACUACCAAUCUACACUCUACCAGCCCUCAGCGGCAUCCAUGGCUGCAGUGGCCCAGCGGAGCAUGCCCCUGCAGACGGGAACAGCUCAGAUUUGUGCCCGGCCUGACCCCUUCCAGCAAGCGCUCAUCGUGUGUCCCCCCGGCUUCCAAGGCUUACAGGCCUCUCCCUCCAAGCAUGCUGGCUACUCAGUGCGCAUGGAAAAUGCCGUUCCCAUUGUCACCCAAGCCCCAGGAGCACAGCCGCUACAGAUCCAGCCAGGUCUGCUCGCUCAGCAGGCCUGGCCAAGUGGUACCCAGCAGAUCCUACUUCCCCCGGCAUGGCAGCAGCUGACCGGAGUGGCCACGCACACGUCAGUACAGCAUGCGACUGUGAUUCCCGAGACCAUGGCAGGCACCCAGCAGCUGGCCGACUGGAGAAACACGCAUGCUCACGGCAGCCAUUACAAUCCCAUCAUGCAGCAGCCUGCACUUUUGACUGGUCAUGUGACCCUUCCAGCAGCCCAACCCUUAAAUGUGGGUGUGGCCCACGUGAUGAGGCAGCAGCCAACCAGCACCACCUCCUCCCGGAAGAGUAAGCAGCACCAGUCAUCUGUGAGAAAUGUCUCCACCUGUGAGGUGUCAUCCUCACAGGCUGUCAGCUCCCCACAGCGAUCCAAACGCGUCAAAGAAAACACACCCCCCCGCUGCGCCAUGGCUCACAGCAGCCCAGCCUGCAGUGCCUCGGUCACCUGCGGGUGGGGUGACAUGGCCUCUAGCACCACCCGGGAGCGGCAGCGGCAGACGAUUGUCAUCCCCGACACCCCCAGCCCCACGGUCAGCGUCAUCACCAUCAGCAGCGACACGGAUGAGGAGGAGGAGCAGAAACACGCCCCCACCAGCACUGUCUCCAAGCAAAGGAAAAACGUCAUCAGCUGUGUCACAGUCCAUGACUCUCCGUACUCCGACUCCUCCAGCAACACCAGCCCCUACUCUGUGCAGCAGCGCACCGGGCACAACACCACCACCUUCGACACCAAGGGAGCGCUGGAGAACCACUGCACUGGCAACCCCCGAACCAUCAUCGUGCCCCCCCUGAAAACCCAGGCCAGCGAAGUACUGGUGGAAUGUGACAGCCUGGGGCCAGUCAGCACCAGUCACCACUCAUCCUCCUACAAGUCCAAGUCCUCCAGCAAUGUGACCUCCACCAGCGGUCACUCUUCAGGGAGCUCAUCGGGAGCCAUUGCCUACCGGCAGCAGCGGCCAGGCCCCCAUUUCCAGCAGCAGCAGCCCCUCAACCUCAGCCAGGCUCAACAGCACAUGGCUGCGGACCGUGCCGGGAGCCACCGACGGCAGCAGGCCUACAUCACUCCCACCAUGGCCCAGGCCCCAUACUCCUUCCCCCACAACAGCCCCAGCCACGGCACCGUCCACCCCCACCUGGCCGCCGCUGCCGCCGCACACCUCCCCACACAGCCGCACCUCUACACCUACACGGCGCCCGCCGCCCUGGGCUCCACCGGCACCGUGGCCCACCUGGUGGCCUCCCAAGGCUCCGCACGCCACACUGUGCAGCACACUGCCUACCCGGCCAGCAUCGUCCACCAGGUCCCCGUGAGCAUGGGCCCCCGGGUGCUGCCCUCACCCACCAUCCACCCGAGUCAAUAUCCAGCCCAGUUUGCCCACCAGACCUACAUCAGCGCCUCGCCAGCCUCCACUGUCUACACUGGAUACCCCCUGAGCCCCGCCAAGGUCAACCAGUACCCUUACAUAUAGACACUGGAGGGGCAGCGGGAGGAGGGGCGCGGGGUCGCUUCCGCUGAAGGUGCGGCACACCAACAGUGCAAGCGGGCUGGCGGGCAGGGUGGGGGCAGGGCGCAGAGAAACUUGAACCAGGCCGUGGAGGACUUAGAGCAGAGAACAUUGUAAAAGGAAGGGAUUGAGGAGGGGAAGUCUAUGCUUUUUAUUUUAAAAAAGAAAAAGGAAAAAAAAAAAAGAAAAGAAAACAUCAGUCAUAGAAAAACACAGCUCAUGAACCCAUUCUGCAUCAAACUGGAAAGGCGAAGAGAGCCACAGGAAGAUCCCGGGAGCGAGGGGCCCCAGUGUCUGAAGAACUUUACCUAUGAAUUUUUCAGAGAUUAUUUUCUUAUGGCAGCAAGUGACACUGAAGAAGUUGCUGUCAGGGACACCUAAUGGGAAGUCUGGUAGAUUUUUAAUGAAUUGAACAGAAGAAUUAGGGAUUUUUCCAGAACUCAAAAGCGUCAACGUCCUUCCAGGGUGUGAGGCCACGGCUGAAUUCAGGGCCCGGGGCGCAGGGUUUGGUCUGGGGGAGCUCAGUUCCGGUGCACUUGUCAGGAGCGAUGGGGAACAGCCAGGCUAGUGGGGGAGCCCUGAGAGAGGGACUGGUUUUCUCUUUCUGAGUACUCUGGACAAAUCCCUAAGCAAUGUUAUUCCUCAGAUGUCAUUAAUAAUGUGUGUUGCAAACUUUAGUUGUUUUUUUUUUCCUUUUUUUUUUUCUUUCCUGAAGAUUUAUUUUCUCUUUGAAUCAACCCCCAGUCAUGUAGCAUAGGGCUAGCGGUUGUCUCCGACACCCUAGUAGAAUGUAGCACUCGACCCUCGACCCACGUCCAACUCCAGUGAUACCAAUGGGCUGUUCCUGUGUAGUUGCACAAAAGCUGGGACAGCGCAGGCAUGGAACCAGUGCGGUGGUCCAGGCGAGCGGGUGUGCGCGUGUGGGUGCGAGCGCGGUGCCGCCUCCCUGUGUCCCCCGGCCCCGCCGUCACGGCCCUCGGUCUUGACUUCACACCAUUCCCUCCUAGUGCCUUACCGAAUGACAGACAGACAGACAGACGCGUGUGAGGACUUACUUCCACUGGUACGCAGCGGCGGGCCAAGCUUGUCAGCAGCUGCCUCACUCUUCCGUUGUGCUGUGGUAACAUUUUACUCGGGUCUUUCCUGCUUUGUAGUUUCCUCUUUGUUUCAUGCCGUUGUUUCUCUUGGGCUGUCUGCAAGCAGGAUGCCAGGGAAGCUGGCAGGACCCAGAGGCCAGAAUUCAAGGAUCUUGAGCACUGUAUGGGAGCCAGAUGGUGGCGGAUGCUUCUGAUGACAGAAAUGGUUUUUAUGGAAUUUCCCUUUGGGGCCAGAAACCCAGAGACACCGUACCCUUCACUCCUACGCUUCUGUGCCCCAGCUCUGCCAUGUGUGGGACCUGGGGUUUAGGGGUAUCACUUGGCUUUGCCAGGCAGUGGCUUCCAGCCUCCAGGCCCAGCACAGCUUCCUGUGGCCGGCUGUGGAGAGGCCCGGAGGCCAGGGCUCUGUCCCCCGUGGCCCAGCCCCUCCCUGGUGUGCUCAGACCCACACCAUGCUUUUCUCUGCCGCCAGCACCGUGUAGAAGGGCUUCCACUGUAGACAACCACCAGCCUGUUCCUGCUGAACUCCUUCCUCUCAUUGCCCAGAUCUGCCCAAGACACGUUUGGAUUUUGGUAUUUGAGGGGUCUGGUGGGCAGAAGGCGGGAAGGCCGCUGGUGAGGGUGACCGUGGUGCCUCCGCUGCACUUGGGAAAACACUCGCAGACAGUGAGGUCACCAGAGUCUGCCCUGUGCCGCCUUUGUGCCUCUGACCCCUGGAGUUUUCUCAGGCUUUGAACGCUGCAGGCGGUGUGGUGGGUGGGGAGCAGUCCCAGCCGCUCAGAGUGGACAGCUCUGAAGCUGGAAACUAACGCAGCUUUCUGUGCGGGGGCGUGCUUACAAGGAUGGCUGUGAUUGUUUGGCCCUGGCGUGGAGUCCUUAACCCACCCUUCAGCCAUGUUCCCAGGGCACAGGGGUCUUCUGCUCAGCAGCCUGUCCUCCUCUUCCCUUCCUUUACCUCCUCCCUUGCAGGCCCUGAACGAUAUACUGUGAAAGGGUUUUCGCAGCGAUGUCCACCGUCUUCAGUAGCGAAGCCGUGACUUAGCUCUUAGCUGUGAAAGAACUCUGGAAACUUCCUCACCCCAACAAUACAUUCUUACUUACCUUACGCAGAAAUAAGUCCCCAAGCUGGAAGUGGCUUAGGGCAGGCCUUGGGCCGAAAGGAAGGACAGCACAACCUGCACAAAGCUGGGCACGUGCUGGCACACAAAGAUGUGGGGGCAGCGUGGCAACAGCCCUGCUGCAGGGAGUCUCAUUCUCUCACCAUGAUCAGUACCAGCAUCAGCCGGAGGCGAGGUGGCACCCAGCCUGAGACCAGGAGCUGGGCAAUUUAGAGGGGACGAUGGAGCACCCAGCUGCCGCGGACCUGUGGGCAGCAGGUGGCAGCCGCGUUCCCUGGCAGCUUCUCGUACCGAGUCGCACGGCGUCGGCUCAGCAGCCUGCGUUUGCCACCCUGGGCAGGGCGCUGGCACGGUGCAGGUCUGCUCUCUUAGGGCAAAGAUGACCUGCAAGUUCUUUUCAUUUCCUUUUGUCUCCUUAAAGAGAAGCUUCUCACUCUUUCUCCUGAAGUUUUCUUUCCUUUUCUCCUCCCAGACAGGAGCGAAAGUUCCAUGCUGCUCAUAAUGUUAAUAUUAUCAUGCUGAUUAUUUUAUUUUUGUCAUUGCCAUUGUAAUUAUGAUUAUCAUCCCGUUGCUAUUUUAGUCAGGGUUUUAAAUGCACAUUUAUUGCAAGCAUCUUUGUGUUUUCCCUUUAAUAUUUAAACUUAUUUUAUUAUGUCUGUGAGUAUCUGAGUAGACUGGAGGGACACACAGAUGUCCAAUUUUGUCAAACAAAAAAAAAAGGAAAGACCCAGGAUUUAGGAAAAUUGUUCCUGUCAUCUCUGUUCCACAAACAGCCAUCAAGAAAGACCCACCCCAGAACAAAGUUGGAAGAAGGGUCACAACCUAUGUCUGCACAGUGCAGCCUAGGCUCUGCGCAGCUCAGUCCCCACAGUGUAUUUCCCUGGGCUCCCAGGGAGCCAAGGCCCGAGGAGGUAGCUUGUGCGUUUGGGGCUGCUGGCACGCCCCUUGGACUACUGAACCCUUAGGCAGUGUCUUCCCCAGUUCUCUCCUCUCCUGUGCAUCUGGAUCUGAUGGCUACACUCAGCCUGCCUCACCUCUGCUACAUAAGCCACACAAGUCCCUCUUUUCCCAGAGCUGGCCCAGCACCUUUGCAAAACACUCCCCUUUCUCACGAGUACACCCCGAGUGUGGCUUACGUCCCCUCCUGUAAGCCACUGGUCACGAGAAGCUGAAGUAAAAGUUGUGGGCAGCUGGUGCCCCUCGGGACAUUCAGCCCCACUCUUCUUCCGGAGGAAGCAGAGAGCCCUCAGCAAGGUCCAGCAGCUGUCCAGACAUCGCAGGCCCCGCCCCUUCAUCACUGGCAAAUGGAGACCCACAGCAUAGCCACGUAGCCAGCCCCCUGGGCUCUGACAGCCUCAGCCCAUGCUGUGGGUGAUGGGAUGCCUGUAGGCUGCCCAGCAAGCCCAAAAGCUCCCAGCCCAUAUGAAGAAAGGCUUGACACAAGCCACUUCUCUGAGCCGAAGCGAGUUGUUGGGCAGGGGAUAGACACUCGGCAGAUGUUCGUGCCACCCCGUCCCCACCUCACAUCCUCUUCUAAUCCUGAGGGCGGAGCCGUUGCGUCAGAAGCUGCAGAUGGAGAUCCCAGCAUGCUUAUUAGCACCUUACCCAAGUCCCCGCUGGGUGCUCCAGUACUGGGUCCCCUAAGCAAAGCUGCCUUCCCUCAACCAAACUCAAGUGGAGACACCCACCUCCUCCCUAUGUAGACCCCAAAUUCCCCAGCACAUCCUCUACUCUGGCAUGGGCUCCACCCUUCCUCAGGGAAGAAAAUGAGCAAGGAAAAGUGGCAGGGACAGGUCAGGAGAGACAUCCGGUUGGAGCCUUGUGAACCUCAGGUCAACCCGUUUCUGCAUGCGGAGUUCUCACUGACCUGUCUGGGCGCUGGCCCAUGCAUCUCUGCUUAGUUUGGGAGAUUUCCAGAGGAAAGGAGUGAGCAGGCCCUGGUGGGCGAGUCCGGUGUCGAUGCCAGUUAGCCCUGUGGGGUGCAGCAAGUGGUUGGCUCAAUUCAGAGGAAGGACGCUGGAGCGAACGGCCAGUUGCGUCCUGGGCUGCAUGGACAUGUCACGCCUUCCUGGUGGCUGGGUCUCUGGGGUCCGGAAGCCAGCUGUGCUCUGUCCUCCCAGCCUGAAGUACCCAGCCUGCCCAGACGCCACCGUGUCGGUCAGAAGGUCAGGAAGGGGAGCACACCUGGCAGGAUGAUGUCCCUUGACUCAGUCUUGGGAGUUGCAGACACUCAUUUUGGAACAAGCUCGUGGAGGAGGAAUCGGGUCACGUGAGCGUGUGUGAGUGGGGAGCGCAAACGUUCUUGGAAACCGGAGUGCGGAGACGAGGAAGCUUCAGGAAGUGUUGCUGAUGGUUCAUGGUCGCUAGAACGACACAGGUCCCCGCCGUUGUCUGGCCGAAGGCAGGUAGGGUGGGGCACAGCUGCGCUUGCUAGCCUGCCAAGGAGCCACCAGGACAGAAAGCGGAAAGAAAAUAGCUCGUUGCCCUCAACUAGCAGAGAGAAUGCAACAGAGAGCGAAGGCCCAUCCGCAGGCCCCGCCUGGCCCUUGGUGAGGCUGGCAGCAGCCAUUUGCCACAACACAACCCAGCCCGGGACGCACAGGCUGCUUUCCCGUCCGUGUCUUUUCUUUCUAAUGUUUGACAGAUUUUCAAAGGGGAAGCCUCAAAAUGGAGCAAGCCAGAGAUGUCCUUAUCAAAUUGGAAAGGGAAGCAAAACUGUUCCUUUCUGUAGCCAAAGAACCCUUCUCCAAGUCACAUCCAGAGAUGAGAGUCUGGCGUUCCUCUCUCUCCCUUCCAGGCAAUAAUGACAACGUUGGUGACGCAGUUCCAUUUGUCUUUCCCUUGUGUCCUUUUUAAAAUUGCUUCUUUGAUAGCAUUUAUUUUUAAAUUGCACUCAUCCUGGAGAGGAGUGGCAGAGACCCUACGACACGCUGCUACAGGGAAGGGGCGGCGAGCAGGCCGGGCUUGGACACCUCCGCUCCACGCCUCACGACAGUUUCUCAUCUCCACACCAGACUCAGAUAAAUCUCAGCCAGGCCGCUGGAGACUGGAACAUGGCAGAAUGGGAUUUAAAUGCAAAAAGAAACCUCGCAAAGGCUUUUCACGCUGUGGCUUGCUUCGCAGAGGUUUCUCGCCUCUUCAGUGCCGCUGCCCAAAGACAGGAGAGCGUGGGCUGAGCCUGGUCCUUCUCUUCAGGCUCCAUGAGAAUGUACAGCGACGUGGCCCUGGGAGCACCCAUCACACAGCCGCAGCACACAGGGCCUCCUGGCCCCCUGCUCGACUCCCACAAGCCUUUGAGAGCCCCUCAUCUCAGACCCCUGCCGGACAACAGUACACACGCUGCCUCUGUUCAAACUAGCAAUAUCCCUUAGGUAAGGACAGCAUUUGUUAAUGCUUGCAGUACUGCAGGUCUUGUGCCAAGCCCCUUAGGAGUUCAUCUCAUGGCACCAUCUCUCUCUCUCUCUGUCUCUCUCUCUCUCUCUCUCUCUCACACACACACACACACAGUUGGCAGGCAAGGCAGCUGACUUGGUGGCACGUAUUAAGGAAUACAGUGGUGGUCCAGAAUCCCCACGUUCCUAGUCACUUUUUGUUAAUCAGAACUUUACUAAAAUGUGAUUUUGCUUCACUUUUUUUCCACAGCAAAGCGUGGCCUCAUCUUUCUGAUGGCCCAUCUACCAACACGCCCACGUCCUGUGUGCCAAACACUGUGUGCGGAACUGCUCCCUGGUUGUCUUAUCUCAUUUUGUCUUCACAUUAUCCUUGUGAGACCAGCAAUACCAGUCCCUCUACUGAAGAGACGUCAGGUGCGCAGGGCUGGGAAACCGCCCGGGGGCCACCCGGCUAGUAAGCGGGGAACCAGGGCUUGAGCCUGAGUCUGCCGGCUUCCGGAACUCCGCAUGCAACCGCCAGCCUCAGCCGUUUGCUGUGUGUCUGUUGAAAAGAAAGGCUUUAAGGAAUGUCACUCUGUGCAAAAAGAGACCCUGGAUUGGAUACAGGCAGAGGGGCAGAAGUAGUUUGACUUCUAAGGAAAAUCUCUGGGGAGUUGCUUUUGAUUCCUAGAAUUCCUUUUAGAUUUCUUUCCAGCAAACCAACUAGCUUUAGUGAUGCUGCUAUAACAAACUCUUAGGAGAGUAAAGGGGAAAAAGUAUUCUUUUCUUCUUUUAAAAAAAAUAAUUUUUCUUGCUUAUAGUUCACUCUAGAAAGGCAAUACUAAAGGUAUAUAUUUUUUUCAAAAUACUAUUUUUUACUGCACUUGAUAAAUAUGACAGCUCUGAUCUCUGCAAUAGAUCCACUCUUCAGCUCUGGGCAGAACCAGAGGCAGGGUUCACACCAAAUUUGUAAAUACCAUGUGUAGGUCUGAUGUUCAGCAACGUUUUUCUUUCUGUUAAAAAAAAAAAAGAAGAGGAAAGACAAGAUGGCUUUUAGAAAGAGGAGUACAAUUAAAUUUUUCUUUCAAGACAGAUACCCUUCUCCAAGAAACAGAAAGCGACAAUUAUAUAAAUAGAAAAAUGAGCCAACUUUCAGGAACUAAAGAAGAGGGGUCUCUGGCCCUGGUAAGCGAUUAAUGAUAACGCAGAUGGAUUUUCAUUUUGGUUGAAAGGCAACAAGAAUUGAGAAAUGCUUUAGGACUAGAUUUUUAAUUUUCCAAAGAACUAUUAUCAUGUGCUAUAAAGCAUCUGCUUGGUUGUUUGGGGUAGGUUUGUUUAUUGCUUCUUUUUUCUUUUAAAAACUCUGUUGACCGGCUCCGGGCUUAUUCACCUAAACCCUUAGGUGGUUUACACAAGUUCUGGAAUCUUUUAGAACUUUGACUCCAUUGGAAGCAAACCCAUCUAGUCAGAAUUUGAGAUCCUGGUUGGUGUCAAUAGGUGUUCUGGAAUUCUGACAGAACACCUAAGGAUUUGUUUUAGAAGGUUUUAGAUACAUUAUCUUACACAAACUGUGACCUAAAAUGGCAAUAAUUACCUCAAAUGUGGGCAUUCAUCCUGGUUUUAGCCUUUUUUGAAAUCACGUAGCCAGCUUGAUCUUGAGAUUUAAAAAACUAUGAAUUCUGUGUGGGCUAAAAAUAAUGAUUAAUGCAUACCCUGGUUGUUGCUUAAGUGAAUUCUGACAAUAGUUCAUCUUUACAGAAGAAAUUAAACCGAGGAGGAGGUGAUUCUUUGUGUGUUGUAAUCAAAUAUGUUUCAACGCACACGCGGCGUAUGUGCUCUUAGCUACUGUAAAAUGCUGUUUAGCCUUCGGAGAUACCAAGUGAGUCUCACUUUAAAUGAGUAAACGAAGUAAUUGACUAUGGAUACUUCAGCAUAUUUCUGGCUACAUUUUAUAGUUAAAGUGUUUUAUAGUUUACAUUUAAACUGGUACUUUUUAAAGAAAAUUUCUGUUUAUAACUGACACCUCCAAAUCCCAGCAAUUGCCUCCGUAGGAGGAGGCCGUGUCUCCCCAAGGCAAGUCUGUUCUGCCUGUGCUGUCCUGUAGCCCAGUGUGUGCACUCCCCUCCGUAACAUUGGUGUCCAGGUGAGCUUAAGAGAAUGAGAAAGGAAGUCAGGAUAGAGUGGGAAGGGUCGGGCCCCAGCCGGGCCAGAGGUGGGGUCUCAUCCGUAUCAGAUCCACGCUUGUCUGCGGGCCCCUGACACCUUGGAAGAGGUGGCAAAAACUGACCCCUGCUCCAUUGAAUUUUUUUUUGUCUUGAUUUGAAUAUUUCACUUGUUCAUAGAUCCACUCGCUUCCACCCACUGGGCAGUAAAAAGACACUGGGAUUCAGGUGGCCCCAGAGACCCGGCUGCUACUUCCUGGGCCCCCCAGUGAUAGUCUGAGCAAUGUCGCACAAGAGAACAGCACACCCCAUGCCUGUACUCACCGGCUGGGGUUUCUGUGCAUCUGCUGUCUUGUAUUCAUUCUCUCCUUUGAACAAAAUCAGUGCAAAAGGACGCGUCUACUCUUCACCCAUGGUCAGGCGGAGCUGUGAGGCCCGGCUCAGUGGGCGUGAAAAGUAGGAUCAGUUCAGAGACUGUGAGCUGCUGAGCCCAGGGAGCUGGGGACACAGGGGCGCUCGGGCUGGUCCCCCAACGCCUGGUGCGCAGAGGGGCAUGUGACAAUGAGAGCACUUCAGGCGGACUGGGAAUGCCAGCUUCCUGAAGUCUUGCUUGGUUUUUAUUUGCUCUUGUGCCACCACCGAAAUCUGGAGGAGCUGCUGUGACCUCAGGUGUGGUCCAUCCCUCUCACAGCUGUGACCUCGAGAGCGGCAGAACCCUGGGCCCGGGGAACUCUCUGUUCCCGCCACAGCUUGGCUGUCCCCGGCCACCGCAGGGCAGCAGGGUCUCGUCUGGGUUUCUUGGUUAGGACUGUUACUGUGGAGUACUCUUAUCCACCCUCCUACCUGUCUCCCGCCUUCGUGUGUGCAUGUGCGUGUGUAUGUGUGUGUGUGCUUUUCCUUUGCACUAAUUAACCAAAUGAAUUUUGUGUCAUUGUCUUUGGGGCUCACCCAUAUUUUUAAAAACUAGAGGUAUAGAAAUUGGCUCUUUUUUAUUACUUGAAAAGUGUGUUGUAAAGAGGGCUCUGAUAUUGCUCUCUUAGCUCCCUUUCAACCAGGUCUCCAAACGAAUCUCUCCUGGCACUGCCCCCCCCAACUUUCCUUGUGUUGGGUCACUGUCCCCGUGGCCACCCCUGCCUCGCCCUGCUGUCACCACAGCCCCAUGCCCAGGCACCCGGGACUUCAGGAAGCUCGAGAGCCAACCCGAAAGGCCCCGCUGGGCUCCAGGGACGCCGGGCUGUGCGUGAGCCCCCUGGUUCAGCUGAGGAGGAGGAAGUUGGGAAGUAGAAAGUGACUGUGCCGUCUCUGUAGCCUUUGCGGCUUUGCAUGGAGCUAGAGCAUCCCCACCCCGCCCUUGCAAGGCGAUGGCCCUGUGUGCACCCCCACAGCCCUCCGUGGCCCUGCUCAUCUCAAGCUUCCUUCCGUGCUUUCCCAGGGCACAACCAUUUCUAGCCCCCAAAGCAUCUCUUCACCCUCUCCAUGUGCAUUUUUUUAACCAAAUGAAGUAGAUGAGAAAGGCACACUCUGGGGCCGCAGAAGCCCUCGUUAGUGGAAUCACUGUAUAGAUAGAGCUGUUGAUAUAUAUGUUUGUGUAUAUAUAUCAAACCAAAUUCUGAUAGGAGAAGAUAGCUUUAUGGCUGAGGAGGAAGCGGAGCCCUCUAGAGGUCGGAGCCAGCCUUAGCACGCGCGUCCCCGCUCCUUCCUUCGCGGGCCGUGGGGCUGGGCCUGGGGCCCACGGCGCUCUCUGGUCCCCAGCAUCAAGGGCACCGAGCAGGACGAGGGGUGGCCGGUCAGAAUGACUGGAAGUUUCCAUCCCAUUUUGCUUUGACCACACAUAUCGAGCUGCAGCCUGAUAUUAUAUCACAUUUCCAAAAAUGAUAUCCAUUACGAUGGAAAGAGAGCGGAUCUGUAGAAUUGUUUACCUUCCAGCUGCCCACGAGUUCAGGACACUCUGGAUGGACAGGCACACUUGCCAGAAAGCCAGGAGGAAGAGGAGGCCCGGCGACACCCGGGCCCCAGCCCUAGGCACACGCUCCCUCCCGAGGUCCCCUCGCCCAGGUCUUUCUCUACCGGCUCACCUUAGCUCAAUCUCAAAACCCCACGAGGCCCUGGUCCGUUGUGUUUCUCACUGUACGGUUUCUGUAUUAAAAGUGUUAAUCCAUGUUAAUCUGUGUGAAAAUUAUUGCGUGCAACAGUAUUUUCUCGUGUACCUCUUUUCCCUCUGUGAAUUGUCCCACUUUUCUUUUUUAUUUAUAAACGUCUACUUUUUUAAAAGACAAACCAAUGUGUUGUAGACCUCUAUGUAACUAUUCCUUAGUCUCAUAUUAUAGGUAUGUUAUAAGAAUGGAUAUUUUACUUGGCUUUAGAAUGUUUUACAAGAAAACUAAUUCUUAACUGAUCAAGUCCUUGCUACUAAAAUGCUUGUGUUCCUUCAUCAUGAUGUCGUGUGCUUCUAAAUUAAUAAUCAUUUUCGUUGUAGAAAAAUGGAGUGAAUUUAUAUUAGUCUUGGAAACUAAUAAUAGCAUUGUAAAUUUAUGAGAUGAUUUUAACAGAAAAAAUUAUAGAAGAAUAUAGUUAUUUUAAUUGUAAUAUUACUAACUGUAGGGUGAGAAGGGGGGUCCUGUUGUGGUGAACUAUGUUAUAGCUUGUUACAGUUUCUUUUGAUCAUUUUUUCGGUCUCUGAGGUGAAAUGAGUUAUUAAUUAAAAUUUGUAAACUCACAUAUGCAUAUUGUAUAUGUGUAGAAAUGUAAUCACACUUUGUCUUGGAAUUACAUUAAACUGUUUGGAGUCACUGUA